CUCUUUUUGGAAGCAAGUUCGAACAAUGAUCACCAUCAAUUCCGAUGGGAAAAUAAUGGUCAGAAGAUGUCUGGUCACAUUGAGACCCUUUAGGCUGUUUGUUCUGGGAAUCGGUUUCUUCACACUCUGCUUCCUGAUGACAUCCCUGGGAGGCCAGUUCUCCGCCAGACGCUUGGGGGAUUCACCUUUUACUGUCCACACUGAAGUUAUUGGUGCAUUGGAGUCCCGGGUUGUCCUACGCAAGAUGAGUGACCUAUUGGAGUUGAUGGUGAAGCGCAUGGAUACAAUGGUGCAUUUGGAGAAUGGCAGUGAAUUGCACAGGGAAGAUAAAGGACAUGUUAUAGAUAGGUUUCCACCAGGUGCCAAGUUAAUGGAGAAGAUCCAAGCCAUUGCCCAGAAUGUCUCUGACAUUGCCAUGAAGGUGGAUCAAAUCCUACGCAACAGUGUCCUACACAACAAGGUGUCUGAAGGUCAACAGGAUCAAUGUGAGGUGCCCAAUGACCCCAAAUAUCCAGACUGCUCUGGAAAGGUAGAGUGGAUGCAUGCUCGAUGGACUUCUGAUCCCUGUUAUGCCUUCUUUGGUGUGGAUGGCACAGAGUGUUCCUUCUUAAUUUACCUCAGUGAAGUAGAAUGGUUCUGUCCCUUAAUGUCUUGGAGGAAUCAAACAGCAAUGUUACCGGCCCCCAAGCCCCUCCCUGAAGUCCAGGCAUCUUUCAGGAGCAAUCUCUCCCACCUUUUGGAACUGAUUGGAAGUGGGAAAGAGUCAUUGAUCUUCAUGAAGAGGAGAAUCAAGCAGUUGGCAACUCACUGGGUUCUGGCAGCACAGCGCCUAGAAGCAAAGCUAAAGGGAGCUGAGAGAGACCAGAAACAGAUCCUCAUCCAUAUUGGUUUCUUGACAGAGGAAUCUGGGGAUGUGUUUAGCCCAAGAGUUCUAAAAGGAGGGCCCUUGGGUGAGAUGGUACAGUGGGCAGACAUCUUAGCUGUCCUCUUUGUCCUGGGCCAUAACCUGAAGAUCACUGUGUCCUUGAAAGAGUUGCAGAGUAACUUAGGGGUACCGCCAGGCCGGGGAAGCUGUCCACUCACCAUACCCCUGCCGUUUGACCUCAUCUACACUGACUAUCAUGGCUUGCAGCAAAUGAAACAGCACAUGGGACUGUCCUUCAAGAAAUACAGGUGUCGAUUCCGGGUGAUUGACACCUUUGGCACAGAACCUGCAUACAACCAUGAGGAAUAUGCUACUUUGCAUGGUUACCGAACCAACUGGGGUUACUGGAACUUCAACCCAAAGCAGUUCAUGACGAUGUUCCCUCACACGCCGGACAACUCCUUCAUGGGCUUUGUGUCAGAGGAGCUCAACUCAACAGAGAAGGAGCUUAUAAAGAACAACAAAGCCAGCAAUAUGGCUGUGGUAUAUGGCAAGGAAGCCAGCAUCUGGAAGGGCAAGGAGAAAUUUCUGGCCAUCUUGAACAAGUACAUGGAGAUCCAUGGCACUGUGUACUAUGAGACCCAGCGGCCACCAGAGGUCCCUGCCUUUGUGAAGAACCAUGGCCUUCUGCCACAGCAGGAAUUCCAACAGCUAUUGCGAAAAGCUAAGCUCUUCAUAGGGUUUGGCUUCCCCUAUGAAGGUCCUGCUCCACUAGAGGCUAUUGCCAAUGGCUGCAUCUUCCUGCAGUCUCGCUUCAGCCCACCUCAUAGCUCCCUCAACCAUGAAUUCUUUCGAGGAAAACCUACUUCCAGAGAGGUGUUUUCUCAACAUCCCUAUGCUGAGAACUUCAUUGGCAAGCCACACGUGUGGACAGUUGACUACAACAACUCAGAAGAGUUUGAGGCUGCCAUCAAGGCCAUCAUGAAGAUUCAGGUGGACCCCUAUCUGCCCUAUGAAUACACAUGUGAAGGGAUGCUUGAGAGAAUCUAUGCCUAUAUCCAGCAUCAGGAUUUCUGCACAACCACAGAACCCUCCCCACUGGUGGGUCCACCCCAACCUGCUCGAGCCCCCGCUUCCCUGGCACCCAACACUACACACCUGGUUUGGCCCCACAAUGCCAGCCUGGGUUCGGAAGCCUGGCCUCCUUUCCACUCAUUUCAGGGCUGGCUGGCAGAGACCGGAAGGACCUGCACAGAUGCCUGCUUGGAUAGGGGCCUCAUAUGUGAACCUUCCUUCUUCCACUUCCUCAACACUCAGGAUGCUUUCCUGAAGUUGAAUGUCAGUUGUGAUCGAACUGAGUCAGAAAUGAAUCACCUGUACCCGGCCUUUGCCCAGCUAGGUCAAGAGUGCUACCUGCAGAAAGAGCCGAUACUCUAUAGCUGCGCUGGCUCCAACACCAAAUACCGCCGCCUCUGCCCAUGCCGAGACUUCCAGAAGGGACAAGUGGCCCUCUGCCAGCACUGCUUGUGAUAUCUGUGGGUUGAGCCAAGGGUAGGGGCUGCUAAUGGCCUCCUUUGUGCCAACCUUCCUCUCUAUCCUCCUCUUCAUCUCCAUCCCCUGUCUCCCACCUUCUCUGAGAACUGUUGGGAUAUCCUGGCUACCCUGCCCUAUUCCCAGGAGAAAGCACCAGAAGUUUUGGUUCUCCAUGACCCACCCUCCCUGACUCCAGGCUGGGACAUUCCUAGUGACGGUAAUGUGUCCUUCUCUGAGGCAGGAAAAUGGUAAGAGUGGAAUAACAAGCUUCCCAGGAGGGAAAGGGAAAAGGAUGUCUCAUCCCUUCAAUCUCACUCUAGGCUCAUGAUUUGACCACUAAAAGGCCUAGAUUCUAGGGGAUUUAGCUGAGGGGAGAAGAUAUGGGUCAAAAAAAAGCAACCUGAAUCUAGAAGGUCCCCAUGGUUUCAUAUUCUAUAAUCUGUCAAACCAGAUGUGUAGGUCAAGAGAGGGAAGAUUUUAGACAUCUUGGACCCAGAAAAAGAGCCAUUAAUGUGUAGAUGAGUAGGAACAAAGACAGGGAAGGAGAGUGGUUUGAAGGAUGCAACCAAGAGAACUAAGAAAGGACUUUGUUAUCCUCCCUGAUCUUGAUACCUGAGGAAAUUGAACCUUAAUGCUGCCUGUCUUUGGGCCACUUCCUUUAUUUGUGGAACUUGCAUGACCACUCUGGACCCUGGUUCACUGCAGGUCAUGUUUGGGAGGAAAAGUUAGAUGAGAGGGAGCCUGGUAGUCAUUGGUGCUGUCUAUGAUCUCUUACUUCCUUCUCCAUGGCUCUAAACUGUUUAGGGUCCCAGCACAACCCCCCUUCAAGUAGCAGGGGCUAGUAUUGGAUGUGUAAGGAUUGUUACUCAGGCCUUAGGAACUGAUCUUUCCAUCCUGUAAUUCCAAAUUCCCUCUUUGGAUUCUGGACUUGAAAUCUAUUUAUUUUCCCUAACCCAGAGGCAGUAAGUUUAGUUCUAAAUCAGAAAUAAUCCAGCCUCGCCAUGGUGCGAAAUCAGUGACCCUGCUAUGUAAGGACCAGGACUAGUAAAAAGGAUGACUUUCUCUAAGCCUUCCAGGCAAAUUCAUAGGGUUUCUAAGUCAUGUUAUUACAGACCCUAGAUAAAGUUGCCCUCCCACUUCAAAAAGGCAACCUCCCUGUCCCAACAGAAACUAUCUCUCCUGCCUCCAGAUUCCCCAGGCUUCUGGUCAAUUCUUAAAAACUAAUCAACUCCUAUGCAGCAUAUCCUCAGUCCCAAUUCCUGGAAAUUUCCUGUCCUAACUCCCUUUCACUCUCAUUUCUUUGACUUUACAGAUAGAGUAGGCAGGCCCAGAGCCUUCCUGGCUUGGAAAGAUCUGGGUAUCCAAGUAUACUGCCACACCUCCCCUCCCUUUACUGAUUAUCUGCCCCACUGAGAGCUACCUGUUAUCCUGACAUGCAACAUCAAGCACCACUCCUCCCCUUUAUCCCUUCUCUUAAAAAUUAUGGUAGAAAGAAAUGCUCCUGAAGUGUAGAGCAGCAUUCCAGAUCUGUUUUAAGUUCCUAGACCAAGAAGAUAGCCCCAUUCUGACUGAAUGGGUCCCAUUCUGCUCAAAAGCAGGAACUAGGGAAACAGAAAGUCUUGGGGAUGGGAAAGGGAGGAGGCAGUUAAAUAGCACAGCGGAGAGAACACCAGUCCUGGUGUCAGGAGGACCUGAGUUCAGACACUUAAACCUAACAGUUACUAGCUGUGGGAUCUUGGGCAAGUCAACCCCAAUUGCCUUGCCAAAAACACACACACAAAAAAACAUGAGAACAAGGGCCUGAUUCAGGGGGUGGGGAUUGAAGGGAAGCAACAGAGAAACUUUUUUCUUUUUCUUUUUCUUCCUUGCCUUCCUCUCUUCAGUCUUCAUAUCUCCCUUCCUUUUCUUUCUCCCUCCUUGUCUUCUUCUCUUUGUAAAGAAAAAUCCUUUGUAAAGGAUUUAUUUCUUGAAAUAAUAAAUAUUUUAUUGGGAUGUCAGAAA